AUGGUUUUAAUAAAAGUACAAAACAAUAAAGCAAAAAAUACUAAUGAAAAUUCUUUUUUUCCAUUUUAUUUUAUUUUAUAUGGUGAUAUACAAUAUGGGAUGAUAAGAUCAAAUAAAGGAUGGUAUGAAGAAAGAGCUUUAUUAAAAAAAGCAAUAGAAAAAACAAACAAAUUAAAACCGCCAUUUGUAAUAGCAAUGGGUGAUUUAGCUAAUGCAUAUCCUUCUAAUAAAGAACAGAAUGAGCAGUUUAAUGAUCUUAAAGAAGAUUUUAAACUUUUAGACAAAUCAAUUGAUUUAUAUGUAUUUUGCGGAAAUCAUGAUGUUGGUAAUUCACCAACUUGUGAAACUGUUAAAGGAUUUGAAGAUGUAUGGGGAGAUUGUUAUUAUGAUUUUAUUUAUAAUAAUUGCGGUUUCAUAAUUUUGAAUUCACCCGUUUUAUAUGACCAUGCCAAUGUUGAAAGUUUAAGAGAUAAUCAAUUAAAAUGGCUAGAAGGAACAUUAAAUAAAAUGCAAUCAUUAAAUGUAAAGUAUAAAUUUAUUUUCAUGCAUCAUCCACUUAUGUACAAUAACAUAGAUGAAGAUGAAAACAUUGGUUUAAUUUAUAUUGAUAAAAUCCGAUUGUAUACAGAUAAAAGCCAUUUUCAUAUAAAAAAAGAAACAAGAUUAAUUAUAUAUGAGUUAAUGAAAAAAUAUAACGUUAGUCAUAUUUUCUGUGCUCAUUUGCAUUUUAAUAAAGAAGAUAAAAUUGAUUCAAAUAUAAAACAAAUAGUCACUUCUGCUGUUGGUAUGCAAGUAAGAAAUGAAAAAUCAGGAAUUCUUAUCGUUCAAGUUAACGAAAAAAAUGUUGAUUAUAAAUACUAUCCUUUUGAUUAUGUUCCAAACGCAAUAUUUAUUUGA